GUUGUACUUUGUGUCUACUGUCUUGCAGCGUGCUACAUAAAGGCAGUAUUUCUUCAAGAUGACAAGCAAAACAAAGGCAGAGCCCAAAUCCAGUGGUGUGACCAAUGGAGGGGCAAGGAUUGUUGUGGAUGGUGAUGACGAAGUUCUAAGCCCCACAGACCUGUCUGAGAUGUUAGCAGAGGGAACCAAGGACUCCCACGACAAAGCAGAGAACUGCCAGUUUGUCAAAGAUUUCCUCAGAGGCCGCAUCAAACGAGAGCUGUUUAAGAGGGGCACAGCAGCUCUGUACUUUGUCUAUGCAGCCAUGGAGGAGGAGAUUGAGAAGAAUGAAGACCAUCCUCACAUCGCCCCGAUCUAUUUCCCUGCAGAGCUGCACCGGCGCGAGGCCCUGGCCCGGGACCUCGAGUACUUCUAUGGAGAGGACUGGGAGAGCCAGAUCAGCCUCUCCGCUGGCACCAAGCCUUACGUGGACCGUAUCCACGAGGUGGGACAGAGGGACCCGGUGCUGCUGGUGGCCCACUCCUACACCCGCUACAUGGGGGACCUCUCAGGCGGACAGAUCCUCAAGAAAGUGGCCCAGCGGGCGCUGAAACUCCCCUCCACAGGCGAGGGUCUUAACUUUUACCAGUUUGAGGGGAUCCACAGUCAAAAAGGCUUCAAGCAGCUCUACCGGAGCAGGAUGAACGAGCUCGAACUGGACGCUGAGACCAAAGAAAGGAUUGUUGGCGAGUCCAACCGGGCCUUCAGCUUCAACAUGAUGGUCUUUACAGAGCUUGAAGAGAUUGGGAAGACUAUCAAAGAAGAAGUCCAAGAUGCAGGGUUAGGACACAGUCAUUCAGAGAUCAUGGAGGGGAUGGAUGGAGGUGAUAUCAACAAGUGUCCCUACUAUGCAGCAAAAAUGGUUGCCAGUGGAAAUCCCACCUACGCCUGCCAGUUAGCCAUGACGCUCCUCAGACACCCCCCCUGUCAGUGGGCUCUGGCCGCCUGGGUGGCUCUCCUCGCUGGUUUCACUGCCUGGUACCUUCUGUGAGCUUUGACACACUUUACCCUGCCAUCAACUCUGAGCAAAGAGCUUUGAAUCAUAUACUGCCUGAAAGUAGGAAACAAUUAAGCAGGAAAAGAACAGUUUUUGAUUAUUUGUUUGCGGGCAAACAUUUGCGGCAUCCCAUCAUUGACAUCUAACUAGCCAAUUUGUUUUUGUUAUGCUUUACUCAGUGGAAAUAUGCAUACAGGGUUUACAAAUGUAUUUAAUAAAGUAGGAUGAUGUACUGCUGCAGUUUCUGAUUUUAAAUAAAGGGCAGUCCAUAAAUAGUGAUUCAAUCUCAACAAGAGGCCAUGGGUUAAUAUCAUUCAGCUUGUGUUAAAGCCAAUAAACCUUAACCUGGCAAAAAUUCAUAACAGCUUUCUUCAGAGAUCCUCAUUUGAAUUACUUCGAUAACAAAAAAGUGACUUUGCACAUUUUUGUUCUACAGAGGUUUGGGGGGGAAGUCUGUAUACAUUGUACUAAUGAUGCAGUAACUUCAACAGUUCUGCUGAGGUAUCUUCUCCAGGCCACCAGGGGGCAGGAUAGCAUUGAGAUUGACUAUUAUAGCUAUGGUUGUGAAAACUGAAGGUUACAAAAGGCCUAGGAACCAUAUCUUGUA